AUGAAAGUAACAAGUUCACCCACAAUAGGUCGAUUUCAACGUCGACCAAGUUUAGGAACAUCUAUAGCUCGAGCUAUGAUAUCAAUGAGUCCUGAUGUUACUUUCGAUGUAACAAGUGAAAAAUCGACAAGUCUUAGUAUCAGAUUAUGUGAAUCAGCUGAAACAUCUACUUCUGCUACAUCUUGUUUUUCACUUUCGACAGCUAUUAGUCAUAUAACAGGAAGUAGUUCAACAUUACAUUCAUCAUCCGAACAAACGACAACGUCGAAGUCUCAAGAAUAUUCGUCAACACAUUUUAAUCUACUUGAAAUACCAAAUGAAUUGAAUUUAGUAUUCAAUCGUUUAGAUACUUGGCAAGAACCACAUAAUGAACAACAUAUUAUUGAAAUUUCACGAGCUACAAAUGUUAUUCCAAGUGGACAACAUUUAUUUCCAUCACAUAAUAUAGAAACAUUAUCGUUCAUAAAAUACAUUCAAGAGAAUACCAGAUUUGGAACAAAAUGGGAUCGUUUCUUAAUUCCAAUUCAAGAACCAUUUACAAAUAAUAUUUCUAAUCAACAACAUAUUCAAUUAGCAUUAUCUUUAUUUAAAUUAAUUCUGCGUUUUGUUAAUACAUCAGAACAUGAUAUUAAACGAGAUCGUGCAUUAGCUGAUUAUAUCGUUCAAAUGGGUUUAAUGAAUGAAAUUUUACGUGAUGAAAUUAUAAUUCAAAUCAUAAAUCAGAUAUGGAAUAAUAUUGAUUUAAUUAAAUUAAAUAAAGCGUGGCUUUUAAUGCUUAAUUGUAUAAGUUGUUUUUCACCAUCAUCAAAAUUUUAUAAAUAUUUAUAUCAAUUUAUAUCUGAAGAAAAACAAAUAAAUAAUGAUUUGACUAAACGAAAAUUAUUAGCAGCAGGUAUUGCUGAUGCACCAAGAACAUAUCCACCUACACAAUUAGAAUGGUCGGCAAAUAAACGUUCAAUGUCGAUGGCACUUCAAGCAAAAUUUUCUGAUGAUUAUGAAGCUAUGGGAGAAGUUGAAUCAUGGAUGACAGGUGAACAAUAUGCAUAUGAAUUAAUAUCAUCACGUGGUAUAUUAAAAGAUUAUUGUUCUGGAUGGACUGUAUCAUUAGAAGAUGAUGAAAAUGAAAUUGAAUUAAUGGGACAUGAUUAUGUACUUGAUUUAGUCGGUGAAUUAGAAAUUCCACCAUGUUCACCUGUUUGCAAAUCAUUUUUUCUUAUUCAUGAUGGUCGUGAUCGAUCAUCUAAAACUUCACGACGACGUAAUCAUCGUACUACAGCCAGAUCGAAAGAAUGGUUUUUAAAAAUCGAUAAUUCACGUCCAAGUCGUUUAUCAAAAACUAGUCGUCGAACAUCAUCAUCAAAUCGUUCAUCACCCUACAAAUAUCCGAAACAUUUUAGUAGUGAUGAUCAACAACAAAUCGAAAGAAAAUAUAUUAAACGUCAUUCACCACUCUAUCAUGAUGUACCUACUAUAACGAAAAAAAAAUCUCAUUCAUCAUUAUCAUCAAUAGAAAUAUCUGAUGAUCAUUUAUCAUUUCCACCACCACCAUCCGUAACAAGAGAUUUAUUAAAAACUGAUGCAACUAGUGCAUAUUCAAUAACAGAUGAUCAACAAGACGAAAUUUCUAUUCGAAAAAUUGAUAGUAUAGAUAUACCAUUUCAUCAAGAGACACCACCACUACCACCAGUACGAUCAUCAACUAGAUCAAGUAAAGAACAUUUAAUAAAGAAUGAGAAUGAUUCAAUAAAACCUUCUGAAAAACGUACACAAUCUACAAUAAAUCGAACAAUACUAAAAUCAUCUCAAUUACCAAUUAUUGACCAUAAUGAAUCAAUACGUAAAACAAAUACAUUUACAUCAUCAUCUCAUUCAAUGGUUGAUCCAGGAUGUGGUGGACAUAUUCUAUCUAAAAUACCUGCACUUCGCUGUUUUCGUCCACAUAAACAACAUCAUACACAAAAAUUUCAUAAAGCAUCGCCAUUGCCACCACCGCCACUUGUUGUUAGUGAUUAUAGUGGUGUAGAUAAUCCGAAUUCAUUCUAUGGAGAAUUUUCUGUAUGUUCAGAUGGUCCAAUAAUUCCGAAUCAAUAUGAAAAAAUCGGUUCAUCAAUACAUCAUACAGCCAAAUUUAAUGAUCAUAAUGAAGAAUAUCAUCUAUCAAGUACCUAUUCAGAUGGAGGUAUUAUUGGUGAUAUGCAAGCUGAUUUAACAGAUUAUGAAACUGAAAAUGUACAAAUCAAGAGAGAAUCACCGGCAAAAAAUAUUUCUAAACCAGGAACAAAAUUCAUCAAAAAUAAAUCAACACGACCAAAAUUUGGUUAUCCUCAAGCUAAAAAACAAGGAAAUUCCAUAUUCGAUUCUGAAUCGAUUGCUACUAUAACUGAUCUUCCAUUACCAUGUCAUAAAUCAGAUGUUGAAGCAUUUCUUGAUGAUUUAUUUGAUCGUGCACUUGAUCCAAAAAAUUUAGGAAAGAAAAAAGCUAAAAAAACAUUAUUAUCAACCCUUGAUCAACGUCGUUUACAAAUGAUAUCAAAUAGUCGUGUUGAACAAUCAACACGUCGACGUGGUUUAGCAAGUUUACUUCAUAAAAAUUCUACACAAAAAAAAUCUUCAGUUCGUCCUAUAUCUCAUCCAAUUCAUAUUCAUGAUCAAAAAAAACUUAAAAAUGAAAAAGAAAAUUCCGAAAGAAAAAAACGUACGAAAACAAAACCGAAAUAUUCUGAACAUUCAAAUAUUAAUAUGAAUAAUAAUAAUAAUAACAAUAGUCUUACAUCAUCUAUAAAUGAAAAUCGAUUUAUUUUACCACAAGUUGGUUAUUCAAGUCAAACAGAUAUUGAUGAUAAUACAAAAUAUAUUCGUGGACCCAAACAUCAAGUAUUUGAUCGUCGAUCAAAUGAACUUCGUCCUCGUGGAUACAAUCGAUUACGACAAAUGUCAACUAUUAAUUUUGAUAAACAAGAAUAUUCUCUUGAAAAACAUUCGAAAUUUGAUAAAAAGAAUAUAAAACUUAUUCCAAUUAAUCCUGAUGUAUGUUUUGCAACAACAACAUCAACAGUGAAUAAUUCAAAACAAUCAAUAACAACAACAUCAUCAUCAUCAACGUCAAAUUCGAAAUCAAAUGGACCUGUUUUCGUACCCGUUAUUGAUAUUAGUGGUAAAAAAUAUCUACCAGUUUACUUGAAACAAUCAACAGAUGUUAAUAAUCAAGUCAAAAAAUCAGAUGAAAUGCCAUUUCGUUCAACGAAUAUUGUUUCGCAAUUAAUAUCUUCAAAUCCAAUUAUUUCAUCAAAAAAAACACCAACAAUAAUUGAAGAAAAUGAAGCUGAUAUUCAAUCAAUUCCAUCAUCACCGAUACUAGCUAAACCUAAUAUAUCUGUUGAACGUCUUUCAAUGUCACAAUUAGAUGUAAGAUCUUCAAGUAAUGGACAAAUUUACAAACAAAAUGCAGUAAACCAUAAUAAUAAACAUGCUAUUAAAGUUCCUUCACAUAUAUUUACUCGACGUUCUCCUGAAAUUCAUAAAAAUCUACGAGCUAAAACAGUACGAAUUGGUAAAAUCCGUUGGCCACCUCCGCUCAAUCCAGAAGAAACAGAUAAUGCGAAUCAACAAAGAAGAAUGCUUGUACAACGUCGUAUUCAAGAAGAAAUUCAUGGUAAUAAAACAACAAUAAAAAAUGAAAUACGUCCUACAAAUAAUUUUAAUGAUCCAACUUAUGAACAUUUAUCAAAAUCUCAAGAUAAUUGUCAACGUUCACAAAGUGCUCAUCAUAUAAAACGUACGAUUGUUGAUCAAAAUAUUCCUAAUGAACGACGAGCACAAUCUCAAGAAAGAAUUAUAUCACCAACAAUAAAUGAACCACGUAAAAAAUCUCCAAUGACAAAUAUAUCAAUUGAUCUUAUAUCACCAAUAUCUGAAAAUAAUAAUAAUAAUGAUAAUAUUGAUGAUGAUGAUGAUAUGUCAACAAAUGAAAUUGUUGCUCGAAAUCAAUCAUCAAAAUUAGAUUUUCAUAAAACAAUGACACCAAUGAUUGGAAAAGAAAAUUUUGAACUUCGUAAAAAAUUAUUUGAAAAUCCAGAUGAAUUAUCAUUUACAGAUGCUAUUCCUUCAUUCAAUGAAGCAAUAAAUACAAGUAAACCUUCAUCAAGACAAUCACUUAACUAUUUAACAUAUCAUAAUAUUAUCUGGAAAUUAAAAAUUCGUAAAGAGGUUUUUUCUCCAAUGGAAACAUAUGAUCAACCAAUUGUAAUUGAUUUAUUAUAUUUACAAAUUGUAUAUGAUACAUUUUCAUCAAUAUGUAUUCGUAUCACAGAAGCUGAACGAACAAAUAUGAAAACAUUUCUAUCUUCACAUGGUGUCGCAGUUAUGGGUGAUAUUGAUUUAAUAAAUAAACUAUCAGCAAAAAAAGCGAUUAUUGAACAAGGACGUCAAUGGCCAACAUAUUUUUGUCGAUUUUUUCCUAUAUCUAUACCGAAAUAUCGUUCUGGUGAAGUACAAAUGUUAGGAAUAUCACAUUCAGGUGUUCGAUUUAUUAAACGAAGUCGAACAAAAUCUAGAAGUGAUAUAUUACAAGUACUUGAAACAUUUACAUUUGAUAAUAUUCAACAAAUUUCUUCAAUUCGUAAUGGUUCAUCAAUUGAAUUACGUCUAACAAAAAAACGUAUUACUAUUCAUUCACAUCGGAUUCAAAAAAUAAAACAAAUGUUCGAUAAAUUUUUAAGAGAAUCACGAAUAGAUUUUAUUAAAUAUUCUCGUACGUCUAAUCAUAAAAAUCAUCAAGAUAAAUUUUCACCAAAUUUAAUAUCAAAUACAAGUGAUUUAUUGAAAUCAUCAAGUCAAGCAAGUUUAUUAAGUUGUAGUCAAACAUUUAGUGAACUUAUUCCAUCAGCUUCAUUCGAUAAUCAUACACCAAAACCAACAAUAUCUGCAUUACCAACUGGACAUUCUAUGAUGGAAUUUGCAUUACAAAAUUUUAAACUUCCAAACAGACGACGAUCAAAGAAAAAUUGGAAAACUUCAGAAUGGACAUGGCAAGAUUAUGCGGAAUUACUUAAAUGGACAAAAAAUCCAAUUCAAUCAUCACUUCUAAAUCAUACAUCAAAUGAUUCAAAUCGUAUUGCACGACAAUGUUUUCUCACAAUUAUGCGUUUUAUGGGUGAUCAUGCAAUGUCCCGAGGCCAAACUGAUCUUGAUUGUUUACUUUAUUUGUUAAAAAAUAUGCAUAAACAUCGAACAUUAAUUGAUGAAAUAUUAUGUCAACUUAUCAAACAAUUAACAGAUAAUAAAAGUAUAAAAACCGAUAGUGUUCAAUGUGGAUGGAAAUUACUUGUUAUUAUACUUAAUUAUUUCAUUCCAAGUCAACAUUUACGACCAUAUUUUGUUAAAUAUCUCCAUGAUAAUAUAAAUCAAAAUGAAAAAUUAGUACAAUUAUGUUUAAAUCAUUAUGAACAAACAUUAAAAUACGGUGGGCGUAAAAAUACACCAAGCAAAGCUGAAAUCGAUCUUCUUAUAGCUAAUGGUAAAAAUGGAGGUAAACGUCAAACAUUUUUAUUACCAGGUGGUGCACCAUUAACUUUGCUGACAACACCAUCAAUGGUUAUUGGUGAUUGUCUCAGUCAAUUAUGUGAACGAUUUAAUAUAUCGAAUAGUUUAGAACAUGAUGAAUAUUCAAUUUUUAUUAUUAGUGCUUCAGAACAAUCAUCACGUUUAUUAAAUCCAACUGAAUAUCUUUUUGAUAUUCUCAGUGAAUGUGUACGAUCGAAUAUGACUGAUUAUCAUUUAAUUAUUAAACGUAUGCUUUGGUUUACUAUUCCAAUGAUAUUUGAUGAUAAUAAAUCGGAUAUUUUCAUUGAUUUUAUGUAUCAUCAACUUGUACCUGAAUUACUUGAAGGUACAAUGAUUAUUAUAAAAAAUAAUCAUUUUUCCGAUGAACUUAUGCAACAAAUUUCAUUUAUGGCUGCUCUUCAGUAUCAUGCAGCAAAUAAAAUUGGUUUACCUUCAAUGCGAGAAGUAAAACAUCUUCUUCCAACAAGUGUUUUAAAAUUAAAAAGUGUUCGUCCACAAAUUUGGACAACAACUGUUCAUGAAAAACUCUAUUCAUCUGUUGAAUCAUUAACAGCAAUUGAAGCGAAAAUAAAAUUUCUAAAUAUUAUACAAACAUGGCCUUUAUUUGGCAUGACAUUUUUUGCUUGUCAAUCAGUUGAUGAACCAUCGAUUCGAUCACCUUGUUUAAUUGGUAUUUGUAAAAACGGUAUAUUGUUUCUUGAUAUUGAUACACGAGAAACACUUUUUACAAUACCAUAUAAUGAUGUUGUUUCAAUUCGUCGACAUCAAAAUGCAAUUGAUAUUAAAUAUGGUAGCUUAAAUCAACCUCAUAUACUUCAAUGUCAAGUUGAUAGAGCUCAAGAUCUUGUUGCAUUAACUGGACGUUAUUUAAGUUUUAUUGGUCGAAGUUUAACAACAGCGAUGGAAAGAAAGAGUGAUACUCAACAACUUCAAAGAUCAUCAACAUCAGCAUACAAUGAUCCAAUUAGUACAAUAUUAUAA